GGUCAACUGUCAUGGCAGCUCCUGGCAUGGGGAGCGUGCGAUUAUGCCGACACUUUUUCGGAUGCCGGUAGCCCCCAUGUGGGCGUGGGACCAGAGAACGAGCCUACGGUCCGUCGCGGGCGAGCUGCCGGCGCGUCCAUCCGUGGCCGAAACGAGUUUUCUCGAGUUGGCCUCCUUUUCGCUCGGCUUGUCGUCGUCGUCGUCUUGAGCGCCGAUCGAAGAACACGUUCGUACGCUUGAUUAGGGAGACAUUAGAGACGCUCGUAAGUAACAUUUGGCGCUUUCGUUUUCGAGCUCGAUGACUGAGGUGUCAGCAAAGCACCGGAUGUCUUGACGUCUCAUUCCUGAGGCCCCCUUAAGCCGUUUUUCUCUCUUUUUUUUUUAACGCCGUUAGAUUGCGCCAGAGUUCCAAAGAGUCCAAGCGAUCUUGUGCUCGAAGAUGAACCGGGUGGAGUCGACCUACUGGCGGUGAAGGAAUUCCUCUCAAAAUGGAAUCUGGGGACCAGUGCCUGGAGGCCUUAUGCGCGCUGCUGACCGAGUUUUUCGGCGACCAGACAACCAACGAACGAAAGAGGGAGAUCGAAGGAUUGCUGACAAACUUUGGCAGACAGGAAGGAUGUUGGCGGCAGUGUCUGCACUUCCUCGUCCACUCGACGAACCAGUACGUCAUGAUGUUCAGUUUAAAUGUCCUGGAGGAGACGAUCGGUAAGCGUUGGAUCCGGAUGCCCGCCGAGAGCAAGGCAGAGAUCCGAACGACACUACAGCGCUUUCUGCUCGCCAAGCACCGGGAAGUGGCGGCGUUCCUGCGCAACAAGCUGUGCAAGCUGGUGGUGGACAUCGGGCGCCUGGACUGGCCACACUUCUUCCCGGACUUCUUCUCCAACAUCCUGCAGCUGUGCCAGACGAGCGAGACGUGCCUCCUGGGCCUGGUCCUGCUCAAGACUGCCUCGGAAGAACUGGCCUGUCCGAGGGACGACCUGUCGGUGUCCCGCAAGGCGGAGCUGCGCCGUCUGCUUUUAGAACAGGUGCCUGCGGCACUGGCCGUCCUCGCAGGCAUCCUGGAUUCGGUGCUGGAGAAGCAUCGCCACCUGGUGACGGCGACGCCGCCGCCUUCCCCCACCCACGGCCAGAGCCAGGCGUCUCUCAACUCGUCGCCUCUCCAGCAAGGCAAUGCGCUGAGCAGCAUGUUUGAGUCGCUGAGCAAGACGCCGCUGCAGCAGUGCCUGCCCCCCGUGGACGGGGAGUCGCAGGCGCUGUGUGUGCAGGCCCUGGGUUGCCUGGAGCACCUGUUCAGCUGGGUGCCGCCCUCCCGGCACGUGUCCCCCGCCCUGCUCACCGCCCUCUUCCACUUCUCCGCCUUUGGCUGCCACCCCGACACCUCCAUGACGACGGACGCCGGCUCGGGGCAGGACCGGUCCGAGCUCGGGGUGGUGGCCAUGAGCUGCAUCAACGAGAUCCUCUCCAAGAACUGCGUGCCCUCGGACCUGGAGGACUUUCUGCUCCUGGUCUUCCAGAACACCUUCUACAUCCUCCAGAUCCUGACCAAGCACGACGUGGUCACCGUUGGCACAAACACCAGUCUCGUCACGGCCAACAACCGGCUGGGCGGCCUUAACGACAGCUACCUGGACAAGUUCACGGAGUUUUUGCGUCUCUUUGUGAGUGUCCAUCUUCACCGGUUUGAGGAGAACAGCCACUGUCCUGUGCUUCAGUUCCUAGCUCUGCUCUUCGAGUACACCUUCCAACAGCCUGCCCUGGAGCGGUACUACGCCUGCCUGGACAUCUGGGCCGUGUUCCUCGAGUACCUGGUGGCCAGGCUCAACAGCAAGCUGGGCGGCGGCCUCGGGGAUGCCACAGUGCGCAGGUAUAAAGAAGCGCUUGCAACACUAGUGGCAGAGGUUCUCAAGAAGUCUAUGUUCAAGUUCAACCAGACCAACUUAGAAGAGCUGGACGACGAGACGCUAGAUGACAAUAUGCAGACAGAGUGGCAGUGCUUCCUGCAACACAACCUCGGGAUCAUCUCCAAGGUGGCCGACAUCAUCCCAGAAGACGUCUGUGCCCAUGUGCUGGGCCUGUUCCAGAAGGACUUGGCGGUCUACCUGGAGCUGGAGCAGUUUGUGGGCCCCGAGGGACUGAGGGUGACGGCGGAGAACGAGUGCCGCCGCCUGCACUGCUGUCUACGCGACCUCUCCUCCCUGCUGCAGGCCGUGGGCCGGCUGGCCUCUCGACUCACACCCGAGAACUUCACCGAGCUCCUGGUGCCCACCAGGGACACCGUCACCAGGCUCUGCCACACGGCCAGUUACGGGAACCGGCUCAAGUUCUACGCCUUGAAGACGGCCGCGCCCAACGUGCUCAAGUCGGACUUCAUUGAGGUCCAGGCCCAGUCGCUGGCGGCACUGCAGGCAUUCUGCCACUGGCUGCACCAGCUGCACUCGGACUGCCUGCAGAGGACACAGAAUGCGGAGCAGUUCAGGGUGCUGGUCGAGGCCUACAUCGAGGUGGCCCUGCCCAACAUCGUCGGCCAGUCCCCGGAGAAGGUGACGCACAGCGCGGCCCACCUGCUGCUGUCGCUGACGACGGUGCGACCGUCGUUCCUGCUGGCCCUGCCAGCGAUGCAGCAGCUGUUCGGUGCCGUCUGCGAGCGGAAGCUGAGACCCCUGCCACCCGAGUCUGAGCUCUUGGUGCUACGUUCCCUGCACAACUCCCUGUGCUUACCGUGGCCCGGUGUUGCCGACACGGGCCAGGGCUGGGAGGUGCGUGCUGGCCACCAGCGGCGGUUGGUCGCGGCGCUGACUUCUGUGUUGGUGCAAGCAGCCUGCUCCCGAGAGUUCAGUGCAAGCACGCAGCUUCAGCAACAAGCCAAGCCGUCUGUGAAAUGGGCGGUGCGUGUGAUGCGCGAGCUCGUGGAGGGGCUGGAAGGGGAAGGCACGCGAGCCAAGCAGCUCUGCCACGGCGGCCUCGGGGAUGCCUGCAAUGCGGUGGUGGCCCUCUUUCCGGUCUACCUCAACGACAGAGAGGUGACAGAGGCCAUCCUGGACCUGCUGCUGGUGCUCUUCAGGGUCCUCCAGGCCCAGCUGGGGGCUGCCUUUGCUGAGCAGAUGCUGCAGACGUUCCUCAGCCUCUUCACCAGGGAGCAGCUGCAGAACUGCAUCCUGAACGAAGGCAGCGUUGGCAUCAGGGUGGUCGAAAAAUUCCUCAGCCUGCUGCAGCAGAUAGUGAAGGAGCCCAGCGCAGCGUUCAAGGUCUUCGUACCUCGCAUCAUUGACCUCUGCAUGAGCGAGAUCUACCCCAUCGUGGCCGAGCGGCCCAGCCCGGAGGUGAGCCAGGCGCUGUUUGAGCUGCUACAGGAGGCGCUGGUGCACAACUGGCGCCACUUCUUCCCCGGGGGCGUCAUGGCCGCCCUGGAGGGGCGCCAGGAGGAGGUGCGCCACCAGGACCAGUUUGGGCGGGUCAUGCAGGCCUACGGACAGUCCUUCCUCCAGCCGGACAUUAACCUCUUCCGCCAGAACCUCGAGGGCCUGGAGGCUCUCAACCGCAAGUGGAGGCUCUACCACAAGGCCGUGUUCCGGUCCGGGAUGCUCCCCCAAUUUGUGCACGUGCUGCUGCGCUGCCUGGCCGCACGGUCGCACGACCUGCUGCGGGACGAGGUGUACGUGGCCCUGCACAACAUGGCCUCGGUGGACUUUGACCAGUUCCGCACCACCCUGCUGCCGGGCUUCCUGGGCUCCUGCGAGGGCCUGGACCCCAACCAGCGCCAGAGCCUGGCGCAGGGCUUCAAGAGAGACAGGGACCUCCCCUCCUUCACACAGAGCGUGGACAACUUCGUCAACGACCUGCGCUACUACCACCUGUGCAACAGUGCCGCCACCGAGGGAAGCGUGCGGCUAUGAGUGCGGGCCGACUCCGGUACUUAAAGGCUCGUCGGUCUCUAGAAAUGGGCUUCCAGUUGAACGCUGGAAUCUAGGCCAACUUUGAAGCUGGAAAGAAAGCUUGUUCUUGAGCCAGAACUGAAGCCAGUGGUUUCAACUCAGACUUUGAGGCCAGAGCUGAAGUCCACUAUGAAGCCUGGACUCAACAGCUCGCUGGGAAGAGUGAGUUGAAGUCAGCUCUGGAAUUGGAGUUUAAGCCAGCGUUGAAGCCUGGGUUCGAGAGAGCUCUAAAGCUAGAACUCAAGCCUGCUCGAAAGUCCGAGUUAAAGCCAAUGGUUUCAGCUCAGACUUUGAAGCUGGAGCCAAAGUAGGCUUUGAAACCCGAGCUGAAGGGUUCGAGCUCACUCUAAAUUUCUUUGUUGAAGUUGGCUCUGGAAUCGGAGCUCGGGCUAGCCUUGAAGUCGGAAUUCAAGCCAGCUUCAAAGUCGGAGCUCAAGCAACUUUGACGUCUGGGCUCAAGCCAGGUUUGAAGUCGGAGAUGAACCCAUCUUUGAGAUUGGAUUCGAAGCUGAAGCCAGUUCUGGAGUUCGAUUCAAAGAUGGUUUCGAAGCCAAGACUGAGCCAGUUUUCAAGCCAUAUCUGUAGCUGGCUUUGGAGUUGGAGCAGAAUUCAUCCUUGAAGCCAAAAAGGAAACUUGUUCUAAAGCCAGUUUUGAGCUUUCAGUUCAAGUGACUGCUCGCAAGGUGCUGUCUCAGGUGAUUGUUGGGUAUUGCGGGGAUAUUUAUUGAAGGACCAGUGUAAAUAGCGUUUGUUUUCGAGGCCCACGCUAGCCUUGGAGCGAGAUGUUUGUGAUUGCUACGUGUGGUUCGACGUUCCUGAUAGACGGUGCAGUGUCGCGGGGUGGCCCCUGUGGUUCGAAGACCCUCUCGACGUUUUUUUAAUGUUGCAUCAAUGUGGUGGACCCACAGGUGCACGGACUAUUUAUUGCCGCUUCAGACUCCAAGGGUUCCACAAUGAAACAUUCCGUCGCUUUGUGACGACGGAAAUUUUUGCAUUCGGUUCGUGCCCGGUCGGGGCCAAUGCAUCCGAGGAUGCCGCCGCUUUUAUUCCUUAAUACUGCAAACCGGGGGCAGUGCGAUUGUAGUGCUCGAGCCGGUUUGGCGAGUUUAGCCACAUGGACUCUUGCAGGAGGUUGGUGCACUUUUUUAGGCGUUGCGCCAUACACGAACAAAGGUGUUUUGUCUUCCCUGAUGGAAUGAGUGUUCAAACCAAAGCAUUUUGUUUAAAGGAGCAUCGCUGCAUGAAGGCAAAGGGUCUUUUUUUUUCUAGGAGUGGCCACUGCUUCGCAGCGCGGGGUUCCGAUGGUGGGAUUAUUUAAUAAAGCUGUUUUUCACAACCUUG